GCCCAACCGUUUAAAUUAUAUUUCAAUUUUUUCUUUGAACACAAUUUCGAACAAAAAUAAAGCACGAUGAGGGGAAAAUUGGAUCCCGAGCUCAUCAGUUCCGCGAUGGAAUGGAACAAUUUCCUUUCUCCGAACCCUAAGAUCGUAAUAGACGAGACCCCCAGUCCCCGAGAAAUUCAUGGUCUUUGCCUCUCUUUUUCUGAUCUCUACAGUUUGAAAUCUAUGUUAGAUCUACUCAGAUGAACCAUCGUGUUCGGCCAUAUCUCCUUCUCCGACGGGAGUUUGAGCUUCAACAAAUCCAGUUCCAAACGCCAUUUCCCGUACCUAUGGUUCCCCAUCUUUUCAUUCUCGUCCGCUGGUUAGAACUCGUGUAUUUGAUUUUCGCUUUCUCUCUGUUUUUAUUUAGCUUUUCGGCGAAGUCUCUCUCGGUUGUGAUGUCGGCCUCUAGCACGGAGGCGAAUUCUGCAAGCUUUGAAACUUCAGUUUUGACGACGGAGAUGAAUUUCGUGCUUGCUGUGUGCGCUGAGGAGAAGCGGGAGGUGAAGCACUUGAUCAAUGUUGAUGAUUGUAAGAGAACUUAUGCAGGUGUGAACUAUAGAAAGUCGAAGCAUUAUUGAAUUGCAUUGAGGUCAAGGUAACAUUUGACUCUAUUACUUUAUCUCGGUUAUACUUGAUUUGUUUUAAGUUUCUAAAGAGAAAUGAAUACUAGAGAAUAUAUGUGAAUCCCUUUUUUUUUUAUUCUGCAGCAGAGCUGAGGUUCCUCAAGUAUAUUAUUUUAUAACUUCAAGCUUUUCUUUCAUUUACAUGAGUGUUGAUGUGCAUCAUUCUUAGUGUUGCUGCUGUUGUAAUUUGAUGCAGAGCCAAAGUGUUGCACAGGGAUGAACAAAGGGUAACUCGAAACAUACUCAAAUACCUUCUUUCGUGCAGUACCUGUUGUGUCGUAUGUCAUGCGUUCUUUUUGGAAUUUCAUAUCAUUAUGCUCUUUGAGUUGAGCUUUCUUCCCUCAUUAUUCUAGGUCAAAAUCUAAUAUUUGUGUAAUCUCUUUUUCUAUUUUAGGUUAGCUUUAACCAAUACGAGUCAAAGGUUAGGAUCAUAUUGUUGCAGUGUUAGGUGUUUCUUUGAUACUUAACUAAAGUUUUCUUCUAUGAGUUUUUCUCCACUUAGUUUCUUGUUCUAUGUUUAUUUUUCUUUACCCUGCUAUUUAGUGAGACGACUUUUAUUUGUUUUAUGGCUUUGUAACAGGUGAAUAUGGUUUCAAAAGAAAGCAAUGAAUGAUGUGGCUAAUGUAGAAGACAACAAAGUUAGAUAUUGUGGAUCUUGCUAGAACAUUAUACCUUUCAUUGUGAAUCAUUAGUUGUAGAGUUUUUAUUGAUUUGAUUUCUUUUUGAUAAUUAAUGCAGUGAGUAAUUUGUAUUGUGAGUGAACUUAGCAAUUUAUGAGAAAUUUGAAAUGCAGAAGCAGGUAACAGGGGUUCUUGAAAUUUAUAAGGAAACUGAUUGCAAAUCCACUUGGUA